UUAAGCUGGUACUGAAGGCAAGAGAAAACACUAUAACUUCUCGCUAACAAUAGAAUUUUACAUUUUAUCACAUAUCACAUAUUUGGUCUCGGUAUCAGAGGUACAGACCAACGUGUAAGUGCCCGGUCGAACGCGUAAGGACACCAGAAUCAGGGUGGCUGCGGUGAUAAACGCACCGCAAGUGUUGGUGUUGGGUGGGUGCAGCGAUAGAGGAAAGGUGUGUCUGGAGUCAAGGGUUGGGCAUGGCUCCCGGCUUUAUAUAUACCCUGCCCCGGCCGACGUGGUGCAGCGGCUGUCGUGAAGUCACCAGGGACCAUGCAGUGGUUGGUGCUGGUCCUGCUCUGCCUCCGGCUUGGGGAGGGGGUGAUGAGGAUCCCCUUGAGGAAAGCCAAGUCUGUGGGGGAGCGGAUGAAAGAGAAGGGGGUGCCGGAGAUGUUCCUGAAGGAGCUCAAAGGGGAUCCCGGUAGGAAAUACCAGCUCAGUAACGUGGCUUAUGAACCGCUAACAAACUACCUGGAUACCUUCUACUUCGGGGAGAUCAGCAUUGGGAACCCCCCCCAAAAUUUCAUGGUGAUAUUCGACACCGGCUCUGCCAACCUUUGGGUGCCCUCCACCUACUGCCGGUCUCCAGCCUGUGAGGAUCAUGCCAGGUUCAACCCCAACCUGUCAUCCAACUUCUCCAACAUCGGUGUGACCUACACCCUGUCCUACGGGUUCGGUGACGUGUCAGUGGUGUUAGGGUACGAUACCGUGACAAUCCAGAACAUAGUCAUCACAAACCAGGAGUUUGGCCUGACCCUGGAGGAGCCCACCCAACCCUUUUACUACCUGGAAUUCGAUGGGAUUUUGGGCAUGUCUUACCCGGGCGUUGGCCUCCGAGGUUACAACACGCUGCUGCAGAACAUGCUACAGCAGAACCAGCUCACCGAACCCAUCUUCAGCUUCUAUUACUCACGCAACCCAACAUAUAAUUACGGUGGGGAAGUCAUCCUUGGAGGGGUUGACCCUGAGCUGUACUCCGGGGAGAUUUUAUGGGCUCCUGUGGUCCAGGAAUUGUACUGGAAGAUCGGUAUCGAGGAGUUCUCCAUUGGCUCAUCAACCACCGGCUGGUGCAACCAAGGUUGUCACGGCAUUGUGGACACCGGGACGUUCCUGUUGACCAUCCCGCAACAAUUCAUGUCAGCCUUCCUGCAGGCACUGGGUGCAGAGGAGAUUGACUACAAUUUUGUCGUUGACUGCAACAACGUCCCGAACAUGCCCACCCUCUACUUUGCCAUCAGUGGAGCGCAGCUACCGCUUCCUCCCUCUGUCUAUGUCUUAGAAAACAAUGGCACCUGCACCGUUGGGGUCGAGACCACAUACGUGGCUUCUGACAGUGGCCAACCACUCUGGAUCCUCGGGAACAUCUUCCUCCGGCAGUAUUAUUCCAUCUUUGACAUGGCCAACAACAGAGUUGGCUUAGCCCUGUCAUCCUAGGGUCGCUGAGGAUUGCCCAGCGCCUAAUUCAUCCCUGCAGCACCUUAUCCUCCCUUGGAGAUGUGUCUGAU